UGAAAUCCAUGAAAAAGUUCGGGGAAAUGCGCCAAAUAAUUGAAGCAUGAGAGGGAAUGCGAUUAAACUUAUACAUUUUAUUUGUUGUACUGAUAAAAAUGGCGGAGAGUAACCUAACGUUUUUUAAAUGUGGUCCACACGAUUGCUCGUUGGGAGAUCAAGAAGUUUGUGUGGAGAAGAUCAUGGAAACCGCAGCAAAUGUUUCUCAGUUUUGUGAAAAAGAUGUUUUUUGGAACGACUGUACAGAUCUGGAGUGCAAACUGAAUCAGUGCCGAGUUUUUAAAAUAACCACUUUUGAUGGGAGAAAAAAGACACCAAUUGUCAGCUGUGAGAUUCCCAAAGUACAGAGGAAGCGGGAAAGUUUAUCCUACUAUCCUCUAUACCCUCCAUCCACAGCAAUAUGGGCCUCUCUGUCAACCCUUCUUAGCCUCCUACCGCUCAUAUUUGGACUCGGUUAUCUUACUGUUUACUACUGUGGAUUCAAAAACAAACCAUAUAAAUUAAAAACCAGUGUUGGUGUACAGUUUCCUCCUGCUGAAGAUGAGUAUGAAGAUGAUGAAACUUUAUCCUCCUCUUCUCUAAGCUUAUCAUACGUGUCUGUUGUUAGAGAAUAGAUGAUAUUGUGUACAGCAUAAUAAAUAUAUUAUCAAUAGAUUGAACAA